AUGGACUCAAUCUCCAGCAUCAUGGCCCGCGGCACCAGCUUCAUCCACGCCCGAGACAACGACACCGCCAUGUCAGGAACCAUGCUCAACCUCCUGAUCGCCCUCAUGGUUUUAGUCUUCAUCUCCCUCCUCCUAGCAGGUGCCCUCUUCGCUGUCCGCAAGAUCCGCCGUUCCCGCGCCAUCGCCCGCCAACAACUCCCCUCAUAUAACGAGGCCAACAGCCGCCCAAUCUCCAAUCACCGCCGUUUGACAAUUACCGCUGCACCAUACGGCCGCGCCUCCAGCGUCUAUGUCUACGAUGAGAAGGCAUCCAUGAUCGAUAGCCCAACGACCCCGACCUCUCCCGUACCUGAGAUCCGCAUCACCUUCCCAGACGAGCAUGACGAGUCCGGCCGCCCUAAGAGCGGACGCGUGGUCAUUGUUCGAGUUGGCGAGAACGGCGUAGGACUUGAGCCCGUCCAGGACGAGCAACUCCCUGCCUAUGAGAAGGAGACUGGUGGCCGUUUCCACUCGAUCGAUAUGGAGCGUAUUGGAGGACUGAAAGAGAAGGUCGUCAAGGAUCAAUACUCAUAG